AUGGCUUCUUCUUCUUCUUCUUCUUCUUCUUUAUCUCUUUCUCCUUUAUCUUCUUCGCCUCAAAACUGGAAGUACCAUGUCUUCCCAAGCUUCCACGGACCAGAUGUUCGCAAAUCCUUUCUCAGUCACAUUUUGAAGGAGUUCAGAAGCAAAGGAAUUUGCCUAUUUAUUGAUAAUGAUAUCGAGAGAAACAAAUCGAUUGGUCGCGAGCUAAAAGAAGCUAUUAAAGGCUCGAAGAUUACGAUCGUCUUGCUCUCUAAGAACUAUGCUUCUUCAUCUUGGUGUUUAAACGAGUUAGUAGAGAUCAUGAAGUCAAGGACAGAGUUUGGUCAAACAGUGAUGACCAUUUUCUACGAAGUGGAUCCUACUGAUGUAAAGAAGCAGAGGAACGAUUUUGGGAAGGCCUUCAGAAGAACUUGUAAAGGCAAAAGAAAGGAGGAGACUGAGACAUGGAAAAAAGCUUUAGAAAGUGUGGCCACAAACGCUGGUUACCAUUCAAACAACUGGGACAAUGAAGCGGCCAUGAUUGAAAAAAUAGCCACUGAUGUCUCAAACAUGUUGAAUAAUUCCGCGCCGUCAAGAGAUUUCGACGGAUUAGUUGGGAUGGGUGCUCACAUGAAACAUAUGGAGUCGUUAAUACGUCUAGAUUUGGAUGAAGUGAGGAUGAUUGGGAUUUGGGGACUUCCUGGAAUUGGAAAGAGCACCAUUGCUAGAAUCUUGUUUAACCAAGUCUCAAGUAGUUUCCAGCUGAGCACAAUCAUGCUGAACAUCAGAGGAUGCUAUCCAAGACCAUGUCUCGAUGAGUACAGUGCACAACUGAAACUACAGAACCAAAUGCUGUCUCAAAUGAUGAACCAGAAAGACAUCAUGAUUCCUCAUUUAGGAGUCGCACAAGAACGUUUGAAAGACAAGAGAGUGCUUCUCGUUCUUGAUGAUGUGGAUCGGUUAGGACAACUAGAUGCAUUGGCGAAAGAAAGUCGAUGGUUUGGUCCUGGAAGUCGGAUUGUCAUUGCAACAGAAGAUCUAAGACUUUUGAAUGCACAUGGGAUCAACCAUAUUUACAAAGUGGAUUUUCCAUCAACUGAUGAGGCUUUGCAAAUCUUCUGUACGUAUGCUUUUGGUCAAAAGUGCCCUAAAGAUGGUUUCACGAAUCUUGCUCAAGAAGUUACAUCCUUGCCGGUAGCCUUCCUCUAG